AUGCAAAUCUUCGUUAAGACCCUAACCGGGACUACCUUGACCUAUUAGGUUGAAGAAUCUUGUCUCGUCUCAGACUUGAAACAAAGAAUCGCUGAUCAAGAAGGUAUCGUUGCUGAGGAGAUCGUUCUCAUCCACGGACUCUCAACCCUCGAGGAUGAUGAGACUCUUCAAGUUUACGGUAUCACUGAAGAAUCAUCCAUCAAUGCCGUUAUGAGACUCUUGGGAGGUAAAAAGAAGAGAAAGAAGAAGGUUUACACUAAACCCAAGAAGAUCGGCCACAAGCACAAGAAGAGACCCAAGGCCCUCCUCGAGUACUUCAAUGUCGACAACACCGGCAAGAUCUCAAAGAUCAAGAUUGAAUGCGAAAAGUGCCCAGCUGGUACUUAUAUGGCUGAUCACCCAGACAGACACACUUGUGGUAGAUGCGGAAACAUGUUCUACAAGUUGACCGCUGAUGGAAAGAGAAUGCCAAUCCCCAAGCAAAACAAACCCGCUGCCGCCGAAAAGAAGGUCGAUGCCGCCCCAGCCAAGGGUGCCGCCAAGGGAAAGAAGAAGUGA